UGUCGAUAAAGAAGGCACCUGGCGGUGUUUGAUCUACCAUACCGGUGGACUAAAGUUGGGUAUCAGAAAAUGACUUCGCAAGAUGGCGGACAAGUUCUUGUAGAGGGCGUCCUACAGUUUAGCGUCUCUCGAAUUGUCAGCUGUUUUCAGCUGAACAAAAACAAUGUUAGAAAGUGAACCAUAUUUCCAAAGUUUUCACAUCAACAAUAGUUGUUAGACCUUGAAGACACUAAUUGUGAAUAUGGAAAACGUAGAGAUUGAGGACUUUUAUCAUCAUGAUUUCACGACGGCCACCGAGUGGGAAGUGUUUAUCGCGAGGCUGGAAGAAAUAAUGCACGAGUGGAAACUACCACAGACGAAGAUUGGGCCCCCCUUAAAAGUCAGAGACUUUGUUAAUUUAUCGUGGAAUGAACAAUCUGAAGAAUUGAACUUCGCAGAUGUGGGAUUCGUUCUCAAGCACUUCAAAUUGGAAACAAAGGAGGAGGAAGAGGAGGAUGCUUUUGAUGACAGUGAAGAUCUGAGUACUCAAGCACAUAUCGAUGCUCUGAACAUCUCAAAUGAUUUCCUUCGGAUCGACAAGGAUCACAUGGAAAUAGCUAAAUACUAUGGACUCAGAGAGUUCAUAGUUUUGACUCCAACCAAACGAAUGGCAAUCACCGAUGAAACGAGGAUUAAAAUUUUAAUCAGCUCGCUGACUAUCGCAGCGAAUAAUGCCAAUUGUGAAAUACCAGCAUUGGUGCAAGCUCAGGAGUUGUGGCAACAGUUUUAUCUUGGCAUUGCUGUUGGCAGAGGAACGAUGACGCACUUGGACAUGGUGCAUUUGAAAAAAACACCUCCUCAUUGUCGUCAUCUCACUGGCUUACUAGCACUUUUCAAACAAAAAAUAAGUGACGGUUGUGGAAUGCGUUUGGAUCCAGUGACAGUCUCUGUGAGGUUCUCGUAUUUGUUGAAAGACUGGACGAGCCACACUUGGACACAAGAACCCCCUGAUUUUGAUUUCAUGCAGGGGGAAACGGUCGGUGUCGCUGAACUUGGUAAACUACCUUUUGGAGCCACAUUCGAUCCAGUCGGAGAACUGAAACUCUUCACGACCUGGCCCCAAAUGGCAGAAAAUGUCGUUAUAGACAGCGAAAGCUUCAGUGAUUUGGAGCCUCAGCUGGCACCAGAAUGGUCAGCAGUAGUGAAAAUGGUCGCCUCGCCCGCCUGUCUACUCGGAGAAUAUCUCUCAGACUUCCUCGCCCUCUGCAGCAAUCAGAAGAGUCUGGUAGAUAUGCUGGGGGAUGCUGCAGCUUACAUGGAUAACUCAGAUCAGAUUCUGAGCUCUGCUUUCAAUAGAUUGACAGAAUCCAGCAUUCCAACAAUUUCCAAAGUUGUGAAUAAGGUUCCAAGGAAAAACAGCAAAAAUGUUGAUGGUCCAAUUGCUGAAGAAGUUAUGAUCUCAAUACUUUACUUUCUGUUCCCUGAUGCUGAGGAGCCACCGAAAUCUUCGUACGGUGACAUGAACAGUUACAGUGGUGAUGAUGAUUUAUGGAAAGGUGUGAAGACAUGUGCUCUGGAGGGAUUGGUCUGGAGAUUAUCCAUUGUAGCAGCUCACUGCACCCACAACUUGGGAGGUGCACUUGCCCUGGCUCAACUCUGGCAUGAAUUUGUCCAGGAAAUUCGCUUCCGGUGGGAACGGAGUAUUCUCAUCCCGGGUGUGGGAACCGGGUUUCCGGAUUCAGUGCGUACCUGUUUACUCCAUCAGAAGCUACAGAUGAUGAAUUGUUGCAUCGAGCGUAAAAAAGCGAGAGAAGAAUCGGCUUAUAAACAACAAAGUCUGGACGUUGAUGACUUUGAAUCUGCAGAGUCAGAGGAGGAGUUCUUCGAGUGUACGGAGGAGGUGACGGAUAAAUAUGAAGAGAUGCCGCUGAAGAGGAGCCAGAGGUGUAAACAACUACUGUGGAACCGCCCAACUGGGAGACUAGCCAAGCAUCCGACCCUUCGGCUCCUGAAAACAGGGGAUACCGUUUACUUGCCAGUCACCCAGGAUCCAGUACCGAAAACUGAAGAUCAACUUGAGGAGGAUGCACAAGUAAUGAUGCAGCUUGGCACCGAUAAACAUGGCUCGGAGAUGCGUGCUCGUCUCAUGAGUGCGUCCCUUCUGUCUGAUAUGGAGUCCUUCAAGGCGGCUAAUCCGGGAUCAGAAUUAGAAGACUUCAUUCGAUGGUAUUCACCGAGAGACUGGAUCGAGGUGGAGGGGACUGAUGAGUGGGGACAGCCGGCAGGAUAUUUAUCCCCUCGAAUGAAACUCGAAAAUAAUCCGUGGGCAACGACAUGGGCAUCGGCACAACCAGUUCCCGCUCAUCGACAAAAACGUCUCUUCGAUGAUACUCGUGAGGCGGAGAAGGCAAUCCACUAUUUAGCAUCAAAGCGACUCGGUGAAAUAGCCCAGUUGCUCCUCCCAGCAGUUACUCACGCCGCACUCUUCACUCUCAAUCAGCAGAAAACUCAUUCACUACCAAAUUUGCCGGACGUUACCCUGGGAAUACUCAAUAAACUUCAAUAUGCAACGAAGCCAAUUCAACAGAAGAUGCAAUUAUAUGAGGAAAUUGUUAGAGACAUCGAGAACGUGGAAGCCCUGAUAGCGCAGAUAAAUUCACUCCAGCAUAAACUCUGCGGGGACGAUCAUUCAAAGGAGAUGAUCUCCUUCAUCACUCAGCUUAUGCGGGAGAAAGAGGUGUCGGUGCCUGGUGGAGCUAAGGGAUACGUUGGAUCCCGGAUAACUGAGAUGUUCAGAGACGCUCAAAAGGCUGGCCACAUGAUGAACUCAAUGUCCUCGACAAGUAAACAUCAGGCUGAUGGCAAUCAGAAAACAUUCCCGGAGCCUUCGUGCAAAGAAUUCAUACUGCGAAUUGUAACGCCAAGACCUUCGCCAUCGUCUACCCCUCAGCCUCAGAGGUUGUACGCCUGCCUCAAGCGAGAGUACAUCAGACUCGCUGGUUUUUUCUCCGAGGACACGACCUUCUUGUAAUCGUUGAGUGAAAGAUAAAUGGAAGUAUAUCGCGGGAGGAAAGCGGCUCAAAUAGGGCGGUUAAUGGUUUUUUCAUUAACUUGAAGAUCAAUUAAUUGGUUCUGGAGUUAUUGGACGGAAGAAAAAUAUUGGAUUCUUGGAACAGGUGAAUUAUGUUGUUUCAUCAGAAAUUGAGAAUUUUUAUUGUUAUUUAAAAUCGAAAGGAUUGACUUUCAGCAAACAAUUAAAUUAAAACUUUUAUUAUUUAUUUUAUUGGGAUUGAUUAAAUUUUAAGGGAAGCUGGUCUCAAUUAGUAGAUAAAUAACGCAUGUUCAAUGAAAUGUCAAUAAAGAUUACAAUUUUUUGUACUCAUCGAA